AUGCAGACCACUGCCCGAGGACUGCUGAUGGUGGUGGCAGUCGCUGAGUUUCUGAUUGGCCUGGUUAGCAACGGAGUCCUCAUAUUCUGGAGUUUUAGAGAGUGCGUCAGAAAAUGCAAGGGAUCUUCGUACAACCUCAUUGUCCUGGGCUUGUCCGGCUGCCGAUUACUCCUGCAGUGCCUGAUCAUGAUAGACUUAAGCCUGUUCCCGCUUUUCCAGAGCAGCCUUUGGCUUCGCUAUCUCAAUGUCUUCUGGGUUAUGGUAAGCCAGGCCAGCCUGUGGUUUGCCACGUUCCUCAGUGUCUUCUACUGCAAGAAGAUCACGACCUUUCAACACCCCGUCUACCUGUGGCUGAAGCACAGGAUCUACUGCCUGAGUCUAUGGUGCCUUCUGGGUGCCCUCAUGAUCAAUGUGUUGCUUGUCGCCCACAUCGACUUAAAGCCCUACAGCGCUUCCCAAGAAAACAGGAGCAUGCUGUGCCCCCUUUCAAGCUGGCACUAUCUGUAUAUAUUACAGCUCAAUUCAGGAAGCGGGUUGCCUUUCCUGAUGUUUCUUUUAUCCUCUGGGAUGCUGAUUAUCUCUUUGUAUAGACACCACAGGAAGAUGAAGGUCCAUAUAGCUGGCAGGAAGGAUGCUCGGGCCACGGCUCACAUCACCGUCCUGAAGUCCUUGCUUUGCUUCCUUAUACUUUACAUGGUAUACGUAGUGGCCAGCCCCUACUCCAUCUCCUCCAAGUCUCCUGUUAAUCUCACCUCUGUCUUCAUCUCGGAGAUACUCAUGGCUGCCUAUCCUUCUCUUCAUUCUGUCAUAUUGAUUAUGGGGAAUCCCAGGAUGAAACAGGCUUGUCAGAGAAUCCUGCAGAAGGUAGUGUGUGCUUGGAGGGCCUGCGGCCUGUGA